UAAAUAUUCAUUGUGAUAUAUUUUCUGUGAUUUUGAAUUAAAUUUUUCAUACAAACGUAGUGUAUUUUUUGUAAACAAACUGUUGUUUACAUUGUAUUUAUGAAAAUUAUUAAACAUAAAAAUGGUAACUAGUGCGCAGUGGUUAAUUUUAGUUGGAAUAACUGCGUUACAAAUAUCAGUAUCUAAGAGUCAAGAGGAGCGUCCUCAAGAGAAGAAGCCGCAAUCAGUUAGAGAUCUCCUAAAUACAACAUCAUGUAUACAACCGCCAUAUCGGUGUCCACAUCCCAAGAUGCAGUUUUAUUUAUAUACCAGAACAACUCAAGAAAAGGGUGAACUAAUUAAUACUCUCGACAAUGACUCUUUAACGUACUCUAAGUUCAACACGAAGCAUCCAACGAAGGUUGUAGUGCACGGUUUCGGAGGAGGGCGGAACCUCUCUCCGAGUACAGACAUGAGGAAGGCAUAUUUUACCAGAGGAAACUACAAUAUCAUCAUUGUGGACUACGGGUCACUUGUAAAGGAACCAUGCCUUAGUCAGAUUGAGUGGGCUCCUCGAUUCGCGAGUCUGUGCAUAACUCAGCUGAUAGAGUAUCUGCAGAACCACCCUGUGAAGUCAGUGCCACCAGAGAAACUCCACACGAUCGGGUACAGUGUCGGAGCUCAUAUACUCGGCCUCGUCGCCAACUAUCUACACGAAGGAAAACUUGGCAGAAUUACUGGUAAGUCUGGACCCGACUAUAUUCUUCUACAUGGGGUCCAAUCGGUCCCGAGACCUCGACUACACAGACGCUCACUUUGUGGACAUCCUGCACACGGGCGCCGGUAUCCUCGGCCAGUGGGGCCCUAAUGGACACGCAGACUUCUACGUAAAUGGAGGUUCUAGCCAACCUGGAUGUGCUCAUGACACUAUUUUCCAAACUCUUUCGUGUGAUCAUACAAAAGUGACUCCGUACUUCAUAGAGUCUAUCAACAGUCGUGCCGGAUUCUGGGCGGGACCAUGUUCCAGUUUAUUCUCAUAUCUCAUCGGGUGGUGUGAGCCUAAGGACACGGAAUACGUGCUCAUGGGUGAGCACGUUACUCACAACGCUCGAGGUGUCUACUAUGUCACUACAAACGCUAAGCCACCAUACGCCAGAGGGUUCCCGGGCAAGUCUAGAAGACUUCGGUCCAUCACCCCUUACAGCUGAUGAAUUGAAUAUAAUACUAGAA